AGAAAAGAACAGAGCAAGUGAAGAACCCUACACAUGAUCAGCCUCUGCAGUACAAAAGCCAUCACUGACAGUUCUAGUGUUGCCAGCAGGUAUCUUUCCUGCAAUGAUGAAGCCCUUUGUGUUUCUCCUGCUGAGCCUUGGAGGAGCCCUGAGCCUUAAAAUCUGCUCCUUUAAUGUCCAGUCAUUUGGAGAAAGCAAAAUCUCCAAACCUCAAGUAAUGAAUGUGAUAUUGGCGAGCAUCAGUCGCUGUGACCUAAUGCUCAUAAUGGAAAUUAAAGAUGCUAAAGGAAAAGCAUUUCCUCAGCUGAUGACUCGUCUUAACAGAAGGUUCACUGAACGUAGUCCUGAAUACGGCUACAUAAUCAGUAAGAGACUGGGGCGAAAAUCCUACAAGGAGCAGUACGCCUUCAUCUACAGGAAGAAGUUAGUUUCUGUGAAAUCUGUUUAUCAGUAUCCCGAUGUGCAGACUGAAGACUUGGACGCUUUUGCCAGAGAACCUUUUGUUGUGUGGUUUUCUUCAACAAAUACAGAAAUCAAGGAUUUUGUCAUUAUACCCAUUCACACAACUCCAGAAGCAGCAGUUAAAGAAAUAGAUGAGUUAUAUGAUGUUUAUCAAAAUGUCUCAAAACAUUUGCAGUCACAGAAUUACAUCAUCAUGGGAGAUUUCAACGCGGCCUGUGGUUACGUCCCUAAGAAGGAAUGGCGUAACAUCCGUCUGCACUCAGACCAGAGCUUCUUGUGGCUUACCGGUGAUAAGCUGGAUACUUCAGUGAAAACGUCUACCAAAUGUGCUUAUGAUAGGGUCGUCCUUCACGGAGAGACGAUGAUCAAGGCUGUCAGAUCAGACUCAGUUGAAGUGUAUGAUUUCAAGCAGGUGUUUGGACUCACUGAACCAGAGGCCUUGGCUGUGAGUGAUCAUUUUCCUCUAUGCUUCACGGUGAAUGCAGCUAGAAAAAAUGGUUGACAGCUUCUUCUUGGCACUGCUUCUUUAACCCUUAUCAAAAAUAAUUUAAAAGGGUAAUUCUUACAAUUAUGUGGUAUUCUUGUUUAAAAAAUUUACAGAUUUGUAUCCAAAAUACUUUCAUUCAAGUUAUUUCCCAAUACUAACAUAUCUGUCAAAAUAUUACAAAUAUAUUACAGUUAAUUUCAUUUUAGUAUUUUUGUAAUCAGUGAAAUAUUGUAACAAUUUAAAUUCUAAGCAUUUAACUUGUAGUGAAUUGUCACACAGUGUUUUUUAAUCAAUAAUGUUAACAUAAUCUGAUAUGAAUGAAACUAGCUUUUUGAGGAAGCAUCUUCACAGGCUCUCACAUCAUUCUUUAUUAAUUAAACAAUUAAAAAAUUCUGUGCAUUCACUCAUUUACUGGAAUGAUGAGUUUUUACCUACAUUACAAUAAUUACUGUAGACACCACACAUGAAAAUAAAACAUUGAAGGGGAAUUUAUGGGGACUCAUCAUAAGCUCUAUAUAUAUACAAACUAUAUAUUUGAACCACUUAUUAAAUAGUUUUAUAAGAAAGGCAACGUCAGUGUCGAUGAAGUGGGUUGUUAAUUAUAAACCAGCAGAUUCCAGGUUUGUUGACUGGUCACUAUAG